AUGACAAAGAAACUGGACGGAGAAAACAUCAAGAAAGCAGGGUAUACAAGGAUACCUCUCUAUAUACAAGACUUAGACGCCAUCACAACCCAAGAGGACGUAAAAACGGCCAUUGAAGAAAUAAUAGAAGGAGGAGAAAUAGAGGUAAAGUCGCUCAGAGAAACAAUAGGAGGCAGACAAACAGCAUUGAUAUUAGUAGAUGAAGAAAAGGCCCAAAAAAUUCUAAGAGAAGGUCAUGUAAAAGUAGGAUGGACCAGCUGUAGGGUCAGAGAGAGGAUUGCCUUUGAGAAAUGUUACAAGUGUUGGGGAAUAGGUCACAAGGCCUUGAAUUGCAAGGGUCCAGAUAGGAGUGAUAGAUGUAAAAAAUGCGGAGAAGAAGGCCACUACAUGCGAGAUUGUGAAAACCACAUUCCGUACUGUUGGACAUGUGAAGAACAAGGCCAUACAAGCAACAGGUGUCCCAGAUACCAGAGAGCACUCCGCCAGGAGAUCAGGAAGGUGAAUUCACAUUUUAUAAGAUGAUGGGGGGUUCGCCCCUCCAAAAAAUACUAAACUUGCUUCAGAAGGACAGAAGUACACAUACUUUCAUA